AAGAGCCGGAAGCUCCCAGUUUGUCCAAAAUGGCUUACCAGACACUACAACAGGAAUAUUUACAGAUUCCAGUGGUGACCAGGGCUUACACAACCGCAUGUGUCCUCACGACUGCUGCUGUGCAAUUAGAGAUCAUCACACCUUUUCAGCUUUACUUCAAUCCAGAUUUGAUUCUAAGGAAUUACCAGGUAUGGAGACUUAUAACCAACUUCCUGUUUUUUGGUCCAGUUGGCUUCAAUUUCCUCUUCAAUAUGAUUUUUUUGUACAGAUACUGUCGUAUGCUGGAGGAGGGAUCCUUCAGGGGACGAACGGCUGAUUUUGUUUUCAUGUUUCUCUUCGGUGGGCUGCUCAUGACCAUAUUUGGCACUUUUGUGAAUCUGGUGUUCCUGGGUCAGGCCUUCACCAUCAUGCUCGUGUACGUGUGGAGUCGGAGGAAUCCAAACGUUCGUAUGAACUUCUUCGGCCUGCUGAACUUCCAGGCCCCGUUUCUGCCCUGGGUGCUGAUGGGAUUCUCCCUCCUGCUGGGAAACUCCAUCAUCGUGGAUCUUUUAGGUAUUGCUGUUGGUCAUGUGUACUUCUUCUUGGAGGACGUUUUUCCAAACCAGCCAGGAGGUGGAAGGUGGCUGAAGACCCCGUCGAUCAUAAAGAUGCUGUUUGACACUCCAGAGGAAGACGCCAACUACAACCCACUCCCGGAGGAGCGCCCCGGCGGGUUCGCCUGGGGGGAGGGACAGCGCCUUGGAGGUUAAACUUCCUUCUUAACAAACACUUGAACACUUCCUCUGAGACGUGAAGGGGACAGACAUGGUCUCUGUUUUUGACGUGUUUGUUUGGUUGUGGAUGAAGAACGCCAAACAACCAGAACCGGUUUGGAGAGAACCGUCUGCCGUCUUUAUAUUCGGGCUUAAAUCAUCGUCAGACGCUCUUCUUCACGCCGGAUUGUUGCUCUAAGACUUUCUGAGAGAAACUCUGGGUGGACAGUGGACAGGCUCGAUGAUGUUUGACUUCAUUUCAAUAAAAAGAAAAAACUCCCACUGUCAUAUGAAAAAGAAACGAUGGCAGAAGUAAAAUAUUAAUUAUUCAGGUGGAAAGUGCUUUUGCUUUUUCAUUUCACUUUUUUAAGAAAUAAAUAUGUGUGUGGCAAACGA